ACCUAAACCUAAUAGAAAUGAGUCAAAAAUGCUCUCUAUAAGGUCUUAUCGAUAGUAGAGUUUCCUUAAAGGCCCUUGAAGACUGCUGUAAAAGAGACUAAGCGCAAUAAAUUGGGGCAGCUUCCAAGGUUACCUCUCAUCUACAUCAAGUUCAACACUUCGUUCGGCUCUAGGUUCAGAUUAUGAAGUUUACAGAUAUCCCAAAUUGAAAUUACAUUAAUGGAAGACGCCCCAAUAAAAAUACUCCUACUUGGAGAUGAAAAAGUAGGGAAAACGACGUUUUUAUCGCGAAUUAGUGGAGGAAGUAGUAGUCUUGAGGGCCAUGCCCCUAUUACUUUAUUACGAGAUAUAGACCAGCCCUUCAUUUUCGAAAUACGAAAUCGAAGGCGUGGAUAUCGUCUUGAAUUCUAUGAUACUUCCAGUCCAGAAGACUGGCGGCUGCUCGAACCAGAUUUGGUCUUGAUUUGCUAUGAUAUCAGCCAAAGACUGAGUCUCAUCAAUAUGCAAAGAGUCGUAAGUAAAGUAAAGUCCUCCCCAUCCCAAGAUUCUCGUAUAAGAUAUCUGAUCUUGCAUUUCCAGUGGAUCAAGCAGGUCCAGGCCAACUUCCAAACCAGCGACUGCCUCCCCGUAAUUGUCCUAGGUCUUAAGAGAGACUUAAGAUCCGAAACCGAUCCUAAUGGCAUCAUAUAUCCCCAGGAAGGAUAUAAGGUGUCUCAGGAGAUGAGAGUGGACAAGUAUGUCGAGUGCUCGGCUGUCACGGGCGAGCUUCUGAAGCUGGCGUUUGAAGAGAUCUGCAAUACCGCGGUAAAGAUGACUGUUGCUAGUGGUGGGCAAAGCGAAGGGGGUUGUCUAGUGCUAUAAGCGUUGAUAAUGACCCCCUGAAACUCGGGACACGGACUGGGUCAAGAGUCCUUUUUUGAAGUUAACUGUUCUCAUUGCCCA